UUAAUGGAUAUAUUGUUUUAUGUUAUAUGUGUUUUGUUAAAAGAUAGCGGAACUGUUGUGGAACCAAGGUUGCUGGGGAAGAAUAGAUUCGGAACACUACGUCGCUCAGGCUGAUGCAAGCUGUCAGUCAGCUGUGUGAGGAGUAUCGAAAGCCAGUGAGAAGAACAUGACAGACUGUCAGGGAGACAGAGGGAACGGUCCAAUGGAGCUGUAUGAAAAGUUAACACAGCAAGGGGACAAAGUCAGAGCCUUAAAAACAGACAAAGCUGAGAAAGCUGACGUCGAUGCUGCUGUCCAGUUGCUGCUAAAGUUGAAAGUUGACUACAAACAGAUUACAGGUCAGGAUUACAAAGCAGGCUGCCCACCUACAGAAAUCACCAGCUCUGAUAAUGGUCCCGUAGCAGAUGGUGCUGAUGGUGAAGACACAGUUGAUCCGUGGAAUGUUUGCACUUCAAAUGCCAAGGGGGUUGAUUAUGAUAAACUCAUAGUGAGGUUUGGCAGCAAUAAAGUUGACAAGGACCUGGUGGACAGAAUAGAAAAAGUCUCGGGACAGAAACCUCACCGCUUCCUAAGACGAGGAAUCUUCUUCUCACACAGAGAUAUGCACCAGGUGCUGGAUUCAUAUGAGAAGCAAAAGCCCUUCUACCUCUACACUGGCAGAGGUCCGUCCUCUGAUUCCAUGCAUGUUGGUCAUCUAAUUCCCUUUAUCUUCACCAAGUGGCUACAGGAUGUGUUUGACAUACCCCUGGUGGUCCAGUUGACUGAUGAUGAAAAGUAUCUGUGGAAGGAUCUAACAGUGGAACAGUGUCACAGCUUUGCUGUAGAAAAUGCCAGGGACAUAAUUGCCUGUGGCUUCGAUGUCAACAAGACCUUUAUUUUCUCAGACCUUGACUACAUGGGUGCAUGCCCGGAUUUCUACAGAAAUGUGGUUAAGGUGCAGAAACAUGUUACAUUUAACCAGGUCAAGGGCAUCUUUGGCUUCACAGACAGCGACUGCAUUGGAAAAAUCAGCUUCCCAGCGAUCCAGGCCGCCCCAUCUUUUAGCAACUCAUUCCCACAUAUUUUUGGAAGCAGAAAGGACAUCCAGUGUCUCAUCCCCUGUGCUAUUGACCAGGACCCAUACUUCAGGAUGACCCGUGACGUUGCUCCAAGAAUCGGUUAUCCCAAACCAGCCCUGCUGCACUCCACUUUCUUUCCUGCCCUGCAGGGGGCGCAGACCAAAAUGAGCGCCAGUGACGCCAAUUCCUCCAUUUUCCUCACCGACUCGCCCAAGCAAAUCAAAAACAAGGUCAACAAACACGCCUUUUCUGGAGGCAAAGACACAGUGGAAGAGCACAGGAAAUAUGGUGGAAACGCAGACGUCGACGUCUCCUUCAUGUAUCUGACUUUCUUCCUGGAAGAUGAUGAACAGCUGGAGAAGAUUAGACAGGACUACACGAGUGGAGCUCUUCUCACCGGAGAGCUGAAGAAGCUUCUGAUUGAGACUCUGCAGCCCAUGAUCGCCCAGCACCAAGAGAGACGCAAACAAGUCACGGACGAAAUAGUGAAGCAGUUCAUGACUCCCAGACCUUUGAAUUUUAAACACUAGCCUGCUUGAACCAAUCCAAGUCUUUGUUGUUUUUCAAAGGGGAAUUCAUAUGAAGAACAAUCAAUUGUUUACUCAUUAACUGGAGAGAAUCGCUGGACAUGCUAAACUAAACAUCAAAGCUUCACCCAAAAAUACAUGUCUCUAAUGUAAACGUUUGAAUGAUUGAAUUAUCAGUCCUGCUCUAAUACUGUAGUAAUUCCCUCUCUGUGCUCGAGAAUCAGCCCACUAGCGGAAGAGAAAGGUGUUUUAAUGGCACCGAUGAAAUCUGUGUAACUCAGCUACACACCCACGGUACAGAAUGAUGGUUUAGAAGUCAUGCUUUGGAAGGUGGUUAUGUAGUAAAAUCAUGUUCUUAUCUGUCUACACCAGGAGGAAAAACAAAUAUCAAUGUAGGUAAAUCUCUUCAUUCACCAUGGCCUGGAUAACAUUAAAACUACACUUCAACAGUGAAAA